AACCAGGCCGACGGGGGCUGCAACAGCAGCUGCACGGCGCACUGAAUAAAUGGGUGACAGUUUGCACAUGGAGCUCCACGCUGAACACACAAGGUCACUGCUCUCCCGUCUGACAAGUUGUACUGCUAGUUUUUCAAGAUCGACUAAAGCGGCUCCACCUCCCCGUUUCGAUGGGCGUCCAAGGCGAACCGGUAGUUAGAAAAGGGAGAACACCCGGAAACAAAAGAGCUCCCACCAGUCAUCAUCUCAUCGGCACGGGGGUUGCGGAGCUGUGCGGUUUGAGAGACAAAACUCACAUUAACAGGUAGUCAAGGCUAAACAUUACUUCUUCUGGAUUUAAAUUUAUGUAUUUGACAAACACUAAUUCCCGUGGAUGGAUAUCAUAGUGAAAGAAUGGAAACCCAUAGUCAGGUAGUUGAUAGGCUGCGGUCAUCGUUUCGUUCAGGUGUCACAAUACCAGAGCAGUUUCGUCGAACACAGCUGACCAAGCUGAUGUCCAUGGUCAAAGACAACGAGGAACAGAUUUUAAAUGCAUUGCACAACGACCUCGCCAAGCCAAAGUUUGAGGCCAUCCUGUCUGAGGUUGUCAUUGUGAUCAAUGAGUUGCACCAUGCCAUCGCUAACUUCAAAAGCUGGAUGCAGCCAGAGUAUGUCAGCAAAAACCUGGCCACAAAACUAGAUGACUGUUUUGUAAAGAGGGAGCCGUUAGGAGUCGUGUUAAUCAUCGGGGCCUGGAAUUACCCCUUGCAACUCCUUAUCCUACCUAUGGUUGCGGCUAUUGCAGCAGGAAACUGUAUAGUGGUCAAGCCUUCAGAGGUCAGUGCUGCCACAGACAGUCUGAUAGCAGAACUCAUCCCCAAGUAUCUGUCUCAGGACUGUUAUGCAGUUGUUAGUGGUGGAGCGGAGGAGACCAAAGCGCUUCUGCAGAAUCGCUUUGACCACAUCUUCUACACAGGUUCUCAGACCGUGGCUCGCAGCAUCCUGCAGGCGGCUUCGGUCCACUUGACCCCAGUGACCUUGGAGCUGGGCGGGAAGUGUCCGUGCUUCAUAUAUGGUCGGGUGAACAUCGCAGCUGCUGCUCGCCGCUUGGCGUGGGCUAAGUUUUUCAACGCGGGCCAGAGCUGCGUGGCUCCGGACUACGUUCUGUGCUCGCUGGCCACGCGGGACGCCCUGCUGCCGGCACUGCGGGAAGCCCUGGAGGGUUUCUACAGCAAGGAGCCCCAGAAGUGUCCCGACCUGUCCCGCAUCGUGUCACCCCGGCACUGGAUGCGUCUGAUGGAACUGCUCAAGAAGUCCAGUGGUAAAGUUGUUCUGGGAGGAGAGAGCGACCAGGAGGACAAGUACAUAGCUCCAACAGUGCUGGUGGACGUGUCUGAAGACGACUCCCUGAUGGAGGAGGAGAUUUUCGGCCCCAUCCUGCCCAUCCUAACCGUGGAGACUCUGGAGGAAGGCAUCGACUUCAUCAACCGUAAAGAGAAACCUUUGGCUGUCUAUGUUUUCUCUGAUGAAUCCUCUGUGGUCAACACGGUGCUGGAGAAGACCAGCAGCGGAGGAUUCUGCUCCAAUGAUGGGAUCAUCCACAUGACCCUGCCAAGUCUGCCUUUUGGAGGUGUAGGGGCCAGUGGUUGGGGCAGUUACCACGGCCGCUGGGGCUUCGAGACGUUCAGCCACCAGCGGGCCUGCAUGCUGCGCGGCUGGGCUCUGGAGAGGCUCAACGGCCUGCGUUACCCUCCGUACAGCGACGAAAAGCUGGGCUGGCUGCGCUGGACCACGUCACCCAAGAGCAGCUGCUCGCUCAUGUGAUGACAAGCUGUGUGUGUGUGUGCGUGUGUGUGUAGAUAGUGGAGCUUUUUUAUACUUUGUGCAUGAGUGAAUGUUGGAAGUUAAUGUAGAAACAGGAUUAAUCAUUCUUUUUUUAAUGUGUGUGUGUGUGUGUGUGUGUGUAUUAACAUACUUGUUUUGUCCCUUUUCACACUUUUCAU